GGAAGCCGUGGGUGCGAAAGUUCUUAAUUUCAAAUUUGCGCAACCGUUUAAGCCUCCCCCAAUUUAUAAGAAACAACUUCUCUGGGUCACUCACACGUAAAGAUAUCGUUGCUCCUUAGACGCGAGCAAGAUAAAGAUGAAGGCAACAGUUGUGUUGGUCUUUGCUGCAGUUUUAGCUCAGUCCGGGAGUCUUGUUGAGAGUGGCUACCUUAUAACAUGCCCAAGACUUUUCCGUGCUGGCAGCACCCAAGAAUUAUCUGUCAGUCUCAUUGAUGUCAAUGAAACAUGGUUCAUCCGUGCUUCACUGACCUACAGGUCAGGACCUGGUGAAGAAAUAGCUAGUGAUGGAGCACAGUUCACUAGUGACUCAGAAGGAACCCUUAAACUCAAUAUACCACGAAAUUUGAGAACCAACAAGAGGGACAGCAUUCGAGCAAAGCUGAAUGUCUUUGGAGGACCAGUUCAUGGAGGGCUCGUUAUUCAGAAGAGUGAAAUAAUAACCAUUAAAAUUCCAAAGAUUUCUGUCUUCAUUCAAACAGACAAGCCAAUCUACAAACCAGGCCAGACAGUGAACAUGCGUAUUGUUGGUGUGGAUGAAAACCUCAAGCCCUUAACAGGACAGGUCAAGAGAGUUUCCAUUACUAGUCCUGGUAAAGUACGUACAAUGCAAUGGGACAAUGUGGAUUUCAUUGGUGGAAUUGUUAGUUUAAAGUUUCCUUUAUCAAGCCAGCCUCUUCUGGGCGACUGGAAGAUUGAAGCAGAAGUUAAGGGUGAAAAAGGAAAACUUGUCUUUUCAGUGGAUAAGUAUGUGCUGCCAAAGUUUGAAGUGACCAUUAAGCCUCCAUCAUUUGUAGCAGUGAAAAGCAAAGAUAUUAAAGCCACGGUUUGUGCUCAAUACACCUAUGGAAAGCCAGUGAAAGGAACUGUUUCAGUGCUCUUUCAAAUGAAAUUGCCUGACUGGUACUGGAGAAGGAAGUAUUUGGAAACACAAAUAACAACAGAAAAAGAGAUUGACGGUUGCACGGAUGUGACUAUCAAGACAGAGGAUGUGUUGAACAAAUUUAAGCAGUACAACAGUUACUAUUGCCAUGGUUGUGAACAUUCAAAGAUUGCCAUCAAUGCCACUGUAAAGGAAACAGCAACAGGAAUCUCUCAAAAUGCUACGGGAACAGAAAGUCAGAUCGUCAGAGGAACAGCAAAACUGAAGUUUCUUCCAAGUACACCAAAAGAAUUUAAGCCAGGCAUGGCUUAUAGUGGGCAGGUAAAAGCCACCAAGCCUGAUGGAAGUCCAAUGAAAGGGGCACAAAUUAAGAUUGUUAUACGUGGAAGAGGGCGGAGAUUGCUUGAUAAAUAUUUCAUUGUACCAGAAAGUGGACUUGUUGAGUUUUCGAUUAAUGGUUCAAAAAUUCCCUCAAAUGCCAAAUCUCUUAACCUUCAGGCCAAGCACCAGCAGCAGACAUUAGCAUAUUAUAACGCUAAGCGUUGGUAUUCCCCAAGUAACAGCUACAUAUCAAUGAAAAGAGUUCCAUCUCCACUGAAGGUUGGAUCAACUGCAAAAGUUAAGUUUGACUUCACCACCAUAGCUGAUGCAAAGAACGUUACUUUCUAUUACCAAAUAUUCAGCCGUGGAGUUCUCGUAGCUCAAGGAAGGAAUCUCCAUGAAAUGAAGAAUUAUAAAGGGAAAGGGAUGUUUACCACCAGUGGGUUUGUUCAGUUUGCUGUUACUCAGAGGAUGGUACCGUCAUCCCGUCUGUUACUGUUCUAUGUGCGCGAUGACUUGGAAACUGUUGCAGAUAAUUUGCAGAUUGAUGUGGAAGACAAAUUGGAAAAUGAGGUAAAGAUUCGUUUUAGUGAUAGCAUCAGAAAACCAGGGGAAGCUACCAGUUUGAUCAUAACAGCUGAGCCGGGAUCUCAAGUAGCUGUGACCGCUGUCGACAAAAGUGUUCAUCUCUUGAAAGGAGGAAAUGAGCUCUCUCAGGAUGAUGCAAUCCAAGUACUCAGUUCUCAGGAUGUUGGGCCCUCUGGAGGUAGUGAUCAUUCUGGUUGCUAUAAUCCAUAUUGGUGGGGAGGCCCAUGGCAGCGACGCAGACGAUCAUUUUUCCCUGGAUACUCAAAAGAUUUGGAUGCUUCAAGUGCUUUUGAGAAUAGUGGAAUCUUAUACUUCUCUGAUCUGACAAUUAAAACUGCCAAAUGCGAGACGCCUUUUCGUCCGCCUUAUUUCUUUGUUGACCACCCUACGUUCAGGAAUGGCCCUCCUCAAGAGAGAGCUGAGUUGUCACCCAUGUUGUUGUCACCUAUUGCUGCCACUGACACUCCCAUACUGAAGAAAGGAAAACAAAAAAAAACAAAGUCCGUCAAAGUCCGUAAAGAAUUUCCAGAGACUUGGCUCUGGACUGAGGAACUUAUCAACCCUGAUACUGGAAAGAAAGUUAUCAUGGCCAAGGUACCUGACACAAUCACUACCUGGGUAGCAAGUGCUUUCGCUAUGUCUGAUUCAGCUGGACUUGGUAUUUCACAGCCCACCUCGCUCAAGGUUUUCCAGCCUUUCUUUGUUUCCAUAACCCUGCCUUACUCUGUUAUCCGUGGCGAGGAAGUGUUCAUUAUAGCAACAGUCUUCAACUAUGAGAGCAAGUGUCUUACGAUUCGCCUGACUCUCGAAGAGUCUCUUUACUACAGGAUAGUGUCCAAUAAGUCUCGCUCUGUCUGUGUAUGCAGCAAUGAAGCCAUCUCUGUUCGCUUCAACAUAGUUCCAAAGAAAUUGGGUGAAAUCCCUCUGACUGUUGUGGCUAAAGAUAUCAAUUCAUCAAUGUGUGAUGAAGGAGUAGAACAGUUUGCUCUUGGUGUCACUGAUGCUGUCACAAGGAAAUUACUUGUUGAGCCUGAAGGAAUCCGACAGGAGUACACGUACAACAGCUUUGUAUGCCUCAAAGUCAAUGAUUCACAGUUUAACGAUUCCAUGGAAAUCUCUCUGCCCAAGAAUUAUGUUCCAGGUUCUGUUUAUGCAGUUGUGUCAACAGUUGGUGAUCUUAUGGGACCAACCUUGAAUGUAGCAGGCCUGUUGAGGCUUCCUUAUGGAUGUGGUGAACAAAACAUGGUUAACUUUGCUCCUAGCAUUUACAUCAUGCAAUACCUGGCAGCUGUCGGGCAGAUGACAACCUCUGUAGAAAACAAAGCCAAGAACAUCAUGACAACAGGUUACCAGAGGGAGUUGACCUAUAAACGAACUGAUGGAUCCUACAGCGCUUUUGGAAACCGAGAUAGUGAAGGCAACAUGUGGUUAACAGCGUUUGUACUGCGCUCCUUUGCCCAGGCACAAAAGUUUAUCUUUGUCGAUUCAGAGGAGCUUAAACAGACCGCGAACUGGAUAACCAGCAAGCAACUUGCAAAUGGAUGUUUCCCCAAGUAUGGGAGACUCUUUAACAAGCACCUUAAGGGAGGUGUAUCAACAGAAGCUACUCUCACCGCAUUUGUGACAGUUUCUCUCAUGGAAUCUGGGAUAUCACCUCAGGACGUUGUCAUUCAAAAGGCGCUGAAUUGUUUAAGAGGUUUCAUUUCAAACGUGACUGAUUCGUACAGCUUGGCUUUGUUCAGUUACACCUUCAACUUGGCGAAGGAUAAUUAUGGUGCUGAUUUAUUUGGAGCACUGCGAAGCAAAGCCAUCGUAGAAGAUGGAAUGACUCACUGGGAAAAGGAGAAGUUGAAGAAAACCCCUCCUACAGACGAUUUUUGGUGGAGUCCGUAUUACCGUGCUCCUGCUGCGGACAUCGAGAUGACCGCAUAUGCCCUGAUGACUUACAUCCUUCGAGCUGAAGAUGACUUAUCUCUAAUUGGCGACGCCAUGUCGAUUGUUAGAUGGCUCUCUAAACAAAGGAAUGCUCUGGGAGGAUUUUCAUCCACACAGGAUACAUGUGUAGCCCUACAAGCCCUUAGCGAGUAUGCAAGGGAGACGUUUACAAACUCCUCAGACCUCACUGUUCAGUUUGGAGGAGAGAACGAGCAGUUUAGCCACACAUUCCGCAUCACAGACAACAACAGGCUGGUGACACAAAAGGCUGCGGUUCCAUCAAGUAUUCUGCCCCUGAAGAGCAUGCUCGUGAAGGCUGACGGACAGGGCUGUGCUUUAAUGCAGGCGGACGUGUCGUACAACAUCCCAGAUGUGAAGGAGAAACCAGCAUUUGAUCUUAAAGUCACCUUGUUACCAUCGGAUGAUAUAUUCGCUCCACUGUCAACAGAAACCGGUGAUCCUCUGUGUUUGCCUUUGGAUUUUUCGAUCAGUGCCAAGUGGUUGAGAGAAGAUACAUCCAACAUGGCGGUCAUUGAUGUCAAACUAGUAUCCGGUUAUCAGGUUGAUGAAGAAAGCUUAGACAGACUCACGAACCAACCCAAGCUUGGCCUGAAGCGAUACGAGAUGGAAGGUCAACACGUGAUCAUGUACUUUGACGAGAUUGACAAAGUUAAUUUCUCGUUCAAAAUCUUCCAAUCGUCUGUGGUGAAGAAUACCAAACCAGCUUCCGUCACAGUGUAUGACUACUACGAGACCGAUCUUUCCGCUACAGUGAUGUAUAAGAUCACAAAGGACAUGUGUGGGUUGAAUCCUGUCGAACAACCUUGAACUCAAAUGAUGUGGACUUGAAGUGCUUGUAGACCGGUUGUGGACUUAUUAAGAUUUAUUUGACGAUGAUUUGUACUAGAAGUAUUCUCCUAUUCACGUUAACAAAUUAUUCUUAAAAAAGGUAACCAGAAAUCGGUAUAACUUUAACCAAAUUAUACCGAUUACUUAAAUCAGAGAUUAUAUUUUAUCAUCUACAAUGUUAAAGUUUUCCUCAAAGAAUCACAAGUUUUUUUAAUGAUUUGAUAGAAAAACAUGAGCGUCAAAAAAAGUGUAUUUGGUGAAGCUGAAUAAAACUUUUGGCCUUGGUUUGCA